GGGUUCUUGUAGCUCUAUGCCUGGCUUAUCCCCCAAUAUGCCAAAAAUACUCAAACCAUGUCUUAGUAAAAAACAAUCAAAGAACAAUGUGGCCAAAAACUUGAGCGUUCGAUUCGAUCCCAAACAGGAGGAACUACAUGCCAAAGGAGGUAAGGGUACAUACGCUUGUAGCCAGAACUACGCUGGAUACCCUGCCCAAUAUGCAACAUUAAGAAGAAGACAUUAUAAAUCCCUUUGUGAGGCAGUACAGCAACGUAGCCCGGAAUCUGGUGUUGGCAUUGAGAUCCAAUCAGGUCACUGUAGCACAUGGUCCAACUCCAGUGAGGAUGAUAACUUCCUAGAUGAUUUAGGUCCAGUUCACUAUGCAAGGAGUCUCCCACCAACUUCUUACUCGAGUAGGGAAAAACAAAAAAAAGAAAAAAA